AUGUCUGCCGCGUCAGCGACCGCGAACACCAUCACGCCGCCAAGCAGCAGCCAUGGCAACGGAAACCAAAACUCCUGGGACACCACAGAGAACCCUCAGGAUAAGAAGUCCGCAAGGUCCGACUCGAACAGGCCGCCCCUUUCGCAAAACGGCAACUCGGCCAACAUUUACGAGUACGGCUUCGAGCCACUGCCGCCUCCGAAGAAGAAGGCCUCUAAUGAUAAUCUGUCGCUGGGCAAGAAGAGCCGCCGCGAUACCGACGCAUCGGCGAAAACGGGCUUGGCUGUGGCGGACGACGUCUUUGGCGGAAAGGUUGGCGAGAAGCGGUCUACCAACGACCUGAAGAACGACCCCGAGCAUGACAAUUCCAAAUGGAUCCACCGCGAUAAGCUGGCUCAGAUCGAGAGCGAGGAGCUCCAGGCCGCGGGCAUCAUCCUGCCGAGACCGCGCGCGAGUAGCAGGCCGCGGAGGGGUCGUAGCGAGGAGAAGCUGAACGGGAGCACUAAGAGGACGACGUCUACUGCCGCUGAUGACGAGAUGCCUCGCCCGAGGUCUAGGAAAGCCUCCAUCUCCCCGGAAAACAGAGCCCCGACGGAAAAGAUGCCCGACUUGGAGCCUUCUUCCAGCUGGGACCUGCGACGGCCCGAGGAGAUUGCCUUGGAAGGGGACGGUAACUACUGGAUGUCCAAUGGCGAGAGGAAGGGGCAGUCCAAGAUUCCCGUCGCCAAGGCCAGCCCGGCUCCUAUCCCGGAAUCGUACAUUGAGCGGCACGCGCCCUCUGCGCGGAGAUUGAGCGGCGGACCCAACGAACUGGAGACGAUAGCCUACCCGAAGCAACGUCCGAGGAGCGGCAGCGCAAAUACCCUUGUUGCUACCCCGAACUUGCAACCUGCGAAGCGCACUGGCACCGAUACUUCACCCCGCAAAGGCAGCGGCGGCGCCUCAAACACCACGCCCGCGACGCGCAAGGCGUCAACGCAAGCCAAGUCGGGCAAGCCAAAGACAAGAGGCGGCAAGGACUCGACGAGCACGACGCGGCCCACGACGAGAUCCGGCGAGCUGUCUCCCGGUGUCAAGAAGCCCGAGGGCGACCCGCCAUGGAUGGUUGGAUCCUUCAAGCCCGACCCACGUCUUCCUCCCGAGCAGCAACUGCUCCCGACCGUGGCGAGACGAUUACAACAAGAGCAGUGGGAACGCGAGGGCAAGUCUGGUAGUAUCUACGACAAGGAGUUCCGUCCCCUGACCGCCGAGGGACUGCUGAUGCCGCCCGAAGCCGGCCCAAGCACGUCCACCCCUCCGGACGACGACGAAGAACAACAACCCCACGACGAGUGGCCCCUCAAGGGCGACGCUCCCAAGAGCCCCACGUCCCCGAGCAUCAAGCAGAGCGCCUCCUACUCGACCAUGCCGAAGCUCAACGACAAGCCGCAGAACAGCCCGCUGCCGAGUCCCCGCAGUCCCCGCAGCCCGAUGAUGCAGCCCGAGCAACCCCCGCAGACGCAGACCGUCAUCCGCGUGCCCGACCAGCCUUCGGCCGCCGAGAUGUCGAUGGGCGGCGAGAAGUCAAAGAAGAAGAGCGGCGGUUGCGGCUGCUGCAUCGUCAUGUGA